AUGUCGCGGCGAGCGGGUUUCACGGGUUCCGCGCGCGAGCGGUGGAGUCGUAACCCCUCGCGAGUGGAAUCCGACUCGGAGGAGGGCGAAGAGGCCACGACCGACGAGUCCCCUGACGCUUACCGAUGGGGCCCCUACCCGUUCAGCACGUACAGCCUGGACAAUGAGUUUCCCGCCGCGACGCGACAGUUGGCGCUCAACGAGUGCGCGCGUGAGUUCCGGCGGUACUACGAGGGGUUGCAGGCACCCAACAUUCACCUGGGAUUUUCGCUCAUGUCGUUCGUGUUCAUGCUCCGCCUCCUCAAGCCUGUGCUCUUCCCCGGGUACAGCGUCCCCUUCGAGGAGGGGUGGGAGUACAUCAGCGACGGAUGUCGGGUGACACACGUCUUGGAGAAUGCGGUGCCCUGGGUGCUGACGAUAUUCCUGCUGAGAUUCGGGUUCCAGUCGCAUUCGGGAACGGGAAGGCUCCUUCGACCCCCACACGUCAUAUGGUAUCACGUGAUCAUGAUUCUCCUGACGAUGGGAUCUUGCGCGAGGCACACGCUGCAAUGCCCGAUUCCGGGCGGAAUGAAGGUGGAGCUCGCCAUGAGGUUGUUCGUGGUCAUCGGGAUAUGCGUGGCGUGGCGCCCUAACGUGCCGUGGAUGGCGGCCAGCCGCUUCUCGUGCUGGGCCACGUACGUGCAUCUCGUCAGGGAGAACAGACCCGGGGUGUUGGCGUGGUGGCCGCUGGUGAUCGCGGACUUUUGCCUCAUCGUCGGGCUACCGGUGUUCGCCGCGUGGAAGUUGGAGCAGAAGGCGCGGCGGAUGUUCUUCGACGAGUGCGCGAUGACGAGCGUGUGGAGCAACGGAGGCGGGUUUCGGGGCCGGCGCGCGGCGCGGAGCAGCGGCUCGAGGAGCAGGAGCUCGUCGCACGGAGCCGCCACGCCGAGACGGAUGCCGUCGCCGCCGCCGCUGCCGGAGCGGAGGAGCUGGUGGGAGGAGGUGAUAGGUGUACGAGCGGCGCAGGGAUGA